CUCAAGGACAUGGGCCUGGCCCAGGCCAAGGUCGUCACCAUGGACGACAAGACGACCAUGGAGAUCACCCUCAAGCCCGGUUUCGACUGGGUCAAGGAGGUCUCCCCGAAGCUCCCCGGCUGCCCCGAGUGGUGCCCCGCCAACCACUUCGGCUACCUCCAGUCCGGAACCAUGAAGAUCAACUACAAGGACGGCUCCACCGAGACCGUCAACGCUGGAUCCAGCUACAACAUCCCUCCCGGUCAUCUCCCCGAGGUGAUCGGCGACGUCCCCUGCGUGAUGGUUGAGUUCAGCCAGUCCACCGCCGCGGUCGUCAAGGAGAUGAAGGAUUGAACGAGCCGCGCGAAACGCCGCGAAAUCCACGUCAUUCCGAUGCCUCGCGCCAUUUCCGCGCCGGGACCUUAGCGCUUUUGUAGUGGCAGCCGAUACCAUCGCGCCCGAGUCACGUGCCGUCCGCGCUCGCGCGAUAUCCCGCCCGCGUUUCCGACCCGUCGAUGAGGCGGGUGAAGCCGGGUGAAGCCCAGCCUCGGCGUCGAGUCGCACGGGCGUGUUUUCGGCCCGCGUGCCAGCUCACGGAUAUGUUCUGAAUGUUCAUUUUGCAUGUUCCUCC